CACGCGGCCAUUCACAGUUUCUCUGAAUGAGCCGGUGCGCGUCUCCGCUGCGCACGGUCCCCAGCUCUGCGCGGAUUCAUAUCGGUCCCGGUUUUUUUUUAAUCCGGAUUAACCGAAGAGGAGGAGGAGGAGGAGGAGAAGUCGAGUGGGUGCGAGACGAUGCUGAGGAAGUUGCAAAGUAAUGAGCGAGGAUGCUGAAGCUGCCGAAGCUGCCGGAGAGCCCGCUUUGUUCGGAGGAGCUCCGGGCUUCUGCGCCGCGGUCAUCCCGCAGCUCAUCCCCUGCUGCUUUGUCUUCAGCCGGCCCCGCGGAACCGAGCGUGACCAGCAGCGUGGUUCGUCAGUGUUGGACUGGAACCAGCAGCAGCGGCGGCAGCAGCAGCAGCGGCAGGUUUGCACCAUGAGUCUCUACGGGUCCAGCUCCAGUGGCGGAGCUGCCGGCGGGGCCAGAGAAAGAGGAGUGGAACAUUACCGGGAACAACGGCGACGCUCCAGCGACCGCUCACGUGACUCGUCCCACGAGAGAGGAGAGGGCCAGCUGACGCCUUGCAUCCGGAACGUGACCUCCCCCACGCGGCAGCACGACCGAGAACGCGGUGAUGGAGGCUCCUCCUCCAGAUCCUCCAGUCCACGCCCCCCCAGGGUCUCUCUUCCCUAUUCCCACAUCGGAGGAACUCUGAUCGGAGGACAAAUACCUCGGCCGCUGGGCCUCCCCGGAGUCGACCUCCACUCCAAGUCCCUGGGCGACAUGAUCUACGUGUAUGACCUCAGCAGCAAGGAGGGGCCUCGCGGCGGCCUGAGGCUCGGAGAGCGAGUGACGCUCAUUGUGGACAACACACGAUUCGUGGUGGAUCCGGCCAUUUUCACGGCUCAGCCCAACACCAUGCUGGGCAGGAUGUUCGGUUCUGGGCGGGACAACAAUUUCACACGGCCCAAUGAAAAGGGAGAGUUUGAGGUGGCCGACGGCAUCAGCUCGACCGUGUUCAGAGCAAUUCUGGAUUACUACAAGUCGGGGAUAAUCCGCUGUCCUGAUGGAGUUUCCAUUCCUGAGCUGCGGGAGGCAUGUGACUACCUCUGCAUUUCCUUCAGCUACAGCACCAUCAAGUGCAGAGACCUCAGCGCCCUGAUGCACGAGCUGUCCAACGACGGGGCGCGGCAUCAGUUCGAGUGCUACCUGGAGGAGAUGGUGCUGCCGCUGAUGGUGGCGAGCGCUCAGAGCGGAGAGAGGGAGUGUCACGUGGUGGUGCUGACGGACGACGACGUGGUGGACUGGGACGAGGAGUACCCCCCGCAGAUGGGGGAGGAGUACUCACAGAUCAUCUACAGCACCAAACUCUAUCGCUUCUUCAAAUACAUCGAGAACAGAGACGUGGCCAAAUCUGUGCUGAAGGACCGAGGCCUGAAGAAGAUCCGUCUGGGGAUCGAAGGAUAUCCGACCUACAAAGAGAAGGUGAAGCGGCGUCCCGGAGGUCGUCCAGAGGUCAUCUACAACUACGUCCAGCGUCCCUUCAUCCGCAUGUCCUGGGAGAAGGAGGAGGGGAAGAGCCGCCACGUGGACUUCCAGUGCGUCAAGUCCAAGUCCACCACCAACCUGGCCGCUGCCGCCGCAGACAUUCCAGAGGACCAGCUGGUGGUGCUGCACCCCCCGGGGCCGCAGGUGGACGAGCUGGACACGCUGUCGCAGCCGCCGGCCGCCAACGACCCCCAGCAGCCGACGCCCGGGCAGUGGGCGGAGGACAACGCGCCCCCCCAGCCAGCGCAGGCCCUCGAGGGCCUGAACCAGCAGGCGCAGGACAGUCCGAGCCAGGCGGCGCUCAGCCUGGCCCCCGGCAACCAGCAGCACGGCAACAGCUACACUCAGGCCACGUACCACUACGAGCCGGACCCCGACUCCCCGUCGCCCUCUGCAUGAUGAGGCUGGUUGCACCCGACCCUCCGCUCCCGCGUUCGCACUGUCUCCAACAAGUGUUUUACAUGGUUUCACUAAGUUUAGAUUCAUGGCGAGAGAAACAGGAAACACCGCACACGUCUGGAAACACGGAGACGAGCGUCGUCGUCUCUCGGGCUUCGAGCAGAACCACUUGUUGUUUUCAGCGUGAACACAAACGUUCGCUCCUCCACCUCCUCACGUUUACGCUCAUCCCUCCUCCCGAGUGGAAACACCACUUUGCCUUCUGUCGCAGCCUUUUCUCACGCACAGCGUCCGAAUGAACGAGGACGGAUAGAAGCACAUCAGCAGCCUCCUCUCGUCAUUCAGUUCGAUUUCUCUGAGCGGAGGAGAGUCUCUUUCUGUUCACAUGUUCAAAGACAGAGUACUGUAUUUCUUUUCAGUGGACUGUGUGUGUGUGUCUGUGUGUGUGAGUGUGUGUAACGGUUUCUUUACAAAGAGUUUUUUAUGGAUGAGGAUUUUUCUGAUGUUUCACUCCAUCUGUUGUUUAUAACUUGAUUUGGUUCCUAGUUUUUGUUGUAAACUCCAUUUUUUCCACUUAUUUAAUUUUGUUAUGAAUUUUGUUCCACUCGUGUUUGAGUGGCUGCUCUGUAAACUCUGCACAGGUUCAUCAGCGCUGCUGUGAGCUCACAGGAUGUCAGAAAACAACACAACGUUUUUCUAAUAAAGAGAAUUCACAACAACUCU